GAGAUUAUAAAGAUUAGGUGCUGAGAGACUUGGUUAUGAUAUUUGUGAAGUUGAGAGGAAGACUGGGUAGAGAAAGACCUAUUAUUUUUCACAUUGUAAGUGCCAGAUAUUUACAAAUAAGGUAGAAAUAAUGCUGAAACAUAAAAGACAAAUAUCUCCUCUCUCCCUCCCGAGAAUCCAAGGAUGAUGCUAAUGCUAUUAUAUUUGUCUAUUAAUUAAUCACAGAUACAAACGGACUUAACGACACCCUCAAACGGAUUACUAGCUCCAUGCCAUCUUUUCUUUUAUUCCUUUCUCUCUAUUUUCCCUCACUUUCUCUAUGCCCAAACACCUAUUUGUCUUUUAAUUUUACCUGACCGUCUGACACCUCUCUGCAGCUCUCUGUACAUACUUCCUUUGUCCUUCUCUCUCAUUUGUCACUUUUCUUCUGAAAGCUCUUCCCGUACCGAAUCUCACUGCUUUCUGCUGUUAUCAUGCUUCAAAGCUUACUCCCUCAGUCUCCAAUCAACUCCAAUAACAACAACAACAACAACAACAAUAACAACAACUCUUCCGCCAUGAGAACCAAGCGCGUCGACCGCGACACCGACAUCAUCGACGAUGUCGACGGUCCUUCCACGAAGCGCGCCAACAUCGAACAAACUCAAACUCAGGAACAGCACGACCAACAAGAAGAGGCGUCGGAACCAGAACAGGUAGUUAUGGAAUUGGAAGGAGAGUCAACUGGAUUGAGACUGUUAGGUUUAUUGCUUCAAUGCGCUGAGUGUGUUGCCAUGGACAAUCUCGACAACGCCACUGAUCUUUUGCCUGAAAUCUCCGAGCUCUCCUCUCCGUUCGGUUCUUCACCGGAACGCGUCGGCGCGUACUUUGCUCACGCGCUCCAAGCGCGCGUUGUGAGUUCAUGCUUAGGGACUUACUUGCCGCUUACCAUGAAAUCGUUAACGUUAUCUCAGUCUCAGAAGAUCUUCAACGCUUUGCAAUCAUACAAUUCAAUCUGUCCAUUGAUUAAGUUCUCUCAUUUUACCGCCAACCAAGCAAUUUUCCAAGCUCUGGACGGUGAGGAUUGCGUUCACGUCAUCGAUCUCGACAUCAUGCAAGGCCUUCAGUGGCCAGGAUUGUUUCACAUCUUAGCCUCCCGGUCUAAGAAGAUCCGUUCCAUGAGAAUAACCGGGUUCGGAUCCUCUUCCGAGUUGCUGGAGUCAACCGGGAGAAGACUCGCAGACUUUGCGAAUUCACUGGGAUUACCAUUCGAGUUUCAUCCACUGGAGGGCAAAAUUGGAAAUGUGAGUGAUCUAAGUCAACUUGGGGUGAGACCGAGUGAGGCAAUUGUGGUCCAUUGGAUGCAUCAUUGUUUGUACGAUAUAACGGGGAGUGAUUUAGGGACGUUGAGAUUGUUGACUUUGUUGAGGCCGAAAUUGAUCACGAUCGUCGAACAAGAUUUGAGCCAUGGGGGUGGUUUUUUAGGGAGGUUCGUUGAAGCGUUACAUUAUUAUAGCGCAUUGUUUGAUGCGUUAGGGGACGGCUUGGGUGUGGACAGUGUAGAGAGGCAUACGGUGGAGCAGCAGUUGUUCGGUUGCGAGAUCAGGAAUAUCGUGGCAGUUGGUGGACCUAAGAGAACAGGGGAAGUCAAAAUAGAAAAAUGGGGUGAAGAAUUAAGACGGGUCGGAUUUAAACCCGUAUCACUUGGAGGUAACCCGGCUUCACAAGCAAGUUUGUUACUUGGGAUGUUCCCGUGGAAAGGGUACACUUUAGUGGAGGAAAACGGGUCACUGAAAUUGGGUUGGAAGGAUUUGUCUCUGCUGACGGCGUCGGCUUGGCAGCCGUCGGAUUAAAUAUUAUAUAAUGGAUUGAAUCCAAUGAUCAAUGAUUGGGUUGAUGGAGUGAAUGAUCAACAUUGAAUAUUGGGUCACGGAUGGUGAAAAUGUAUAUGUUUAAUCCUUUUGGAACAAUUUUGUAAGCAUAUAUGCUUUGAAGACUCAGACUGAGCCGAUUGGAUGAAAUUCAUAAGAGUAAUUAAUUUUUGUUCGGAGAAAGAGAAAUAAAAAGAAAAGGAAAAGGAAUGUUGUGAGUUGAUCCUAUUCAUGAAAUUUGUAAUUGUAAAUGCUGAUUUGAAGUUAAAAUCAUUUGACAUUCUCAAUAUA